UAAAAAAAUUAUGCUUGACAUCAAAGAAGUUAUUACUCUUCUUUGUAAAUAUUUAAAUGACACUGUGGACAGUACGUUGAAUCCAGAGCAUUUCCGACUGGCGAAAUAUGACAACGAUUCGGACGCCGUCAUUGACGCAUUUUGGACUACUUUGGACAAACUUACACAUUUCGCUUUAUCGCAAAUCAACGACAGAAUUUCAUUUGCCGAAUUUGAUAAAUGUAUAAGAACUAAAUUACGUUUGUCAUAUUUACAAUACCCUCUAGUGGAUAUAUACAGUACUUCGAAUACACCAAAGAAUUCCAACAGUAAAUCAUUGUUACUUGCAUUGGCAUGGAUUAUUACAAAGUAUGAUGUUCUGAAGAAUAUUGUAAGAUUAAAAUUAUUAAAUAGUUCACUGGGUAGAGAAUUUUCUAAAGUAAAUGCUGAUUUGCCAACAGAAUCUGAAGAUGCCGAACUAAUAUCAAUACAAAAUCAAAUUCACAGUUUAUUGCAAAAGACAAACAAGCUAAGUGGCAACAUAAAAGCUAUUUCAGAGCUAUACUGUGAAAAAGUAAAACUAAUGACUAAAGUUCAUGCUGCCAGCAUCACUGCUAGUGGAUUACCACACUUAAGUGUCUCUGAAAUGGCUUUAAUAAAGAAAAUAGCUACCAGUAGAGAUGACAAACAAGUAAUAGGAAGUAAUAUUCAUGAAAAAUUAAAAGAAAUGGAAAAAACAGCAUCAAUGUUGGACACACAUAUGAAGUGGACAAGAAGAAGUCAUGUAUUUCAUACGUGGAUGAGUACAGUGUUGGAUACUUGUGAAAAUACAGAAAGAUCAACACUAUCAGAUUAUGCUUUAGCAGAGUUAGCAAGGUUUAUCUAUCUUUUAAGGCACAUAAUUAAGGACAGAUUAAACUUUUUAAAAAUUUCUCAUGAUCAUAUUAGUUUAAAACGUUUAUUGGAAGAUUGUCCUUCAAAACUCUUAAGAGUGCAAAAGUGUUUCACUGAAACACACCAUUGUUUAACAAAAAUGACACAUCAGUUUGAUAGCACUGAUGAAAAUUUACAAAAGAAAAGAGUUGAAUUGGAGAAAGAGCUAAAGUUUAUCUUGAACUUCAUACCAGAUUGUGUCCUUAUAUAGUUAUAGUCAAACUGUUAGGUCUGUGAUAUAACUAUUAAGUUUUAAAGACUGAUUAAAGUUAAUAUGUCUAUAGUAUACAUUUUUAUAAAAGAAAGUUUAACUUAUUGAAGAAAUAAAUGGUAUAGUACUUAUGACAUAAAUCA